UUUAGCGACGCUUAGCGGUGCUCGGAUCCCAGGUGAACACAAACCAAUAAUAAUUGGGCAGCCCUUUUAGCUGCUUUUAUGUUCAAGAACCACACUACUUCGCUUCUGCUCACCCCAUAUGUGUAUAAAGGUCGGGAUGACGUGGAUCCUCAUGUCCCAGCGCGUCUUCGCCGAGAUAAUUAUUUCGCCCUUCUGGUACCAGGGCCGUUCACUAUGAAACUUGCACAUUCCUUUACAUCUCUUCUCGCGCUAGUGUCGCUGGUCGCUGGCUCACCGGUCCAGCAGCUGAACACUCAUGCUUUACGCCUGCCACUUGAACUCUCCAAGCGCACCUUGCACAAGUCUCCGCGUAUGAAGUACCGUCGGGGGUUUGCGGCGUAUGAGGCCAAUAAGGGAUACGCCCACCCGUUGAGCAUGCCAUCUAGCUCAAAAUCGACGAAGCGAGAUGCUGGCGAUGUUUCUUUGAUGUCUCAAGAUGUCGACUUGUGGUAUGCCUCGAUCGAUGUUGGCACGCCGGCGCAGACUUUCACAGUGUCCAUUGACACGGGCAGCGCGGAUCUCUUCCUUCCUUCCGUUAAUUGUAGUGAUAGCUGCAACGGCCACAAUAGAUAUGAUCCAUCCAAGUCCUCAACAGCUGAUGAUCUCCACAAAGCAUUCGUGCUCACGUUUGGUGAAGGCGAAGUUGAGGGGGAACAAAUUGCUGACAACGUGGUAAUUGGGGGAUAUGAGGCUAAGGGACAGACCCUCGGGGCUGCAACAGUCUAUUCCUCAGACUUUUCAAGUGAAAAUUUCAUACCCGACGGGCUUGCUGGCUUUUCAUUUGAGUCUAUAUCCGGAUACCCAGCACCUCCGCUCUUUCAGACUCUGGUAGAAAGUGGACAAUUUCAGGAAGCUGUGUUUGGUGUCAAACUUUCCGCCAAACCCGGUGCCAGCGAACUAUAUCUUGGAGGGACCAACACGGCGCUGUAUCAGCAAGGCAAUAUGUCGUAUACACCUGUAACUGAAGCAGGCUACUGGGAAGUCACACUCGAUCAGAUAUCUCGAGAUGGCAUCCCUAUGGGGGCACCCGAAACAUCAUCCAUCAUCGACACGGGAACAACUCUGAUCGUGGCGGAUACAGGUGAUGCUGCAGCCUAUUUUGAUGGCAUUCCUGGUGCUACGUCAUAUACUGAUGAAUCUGAGGUGCUUUAUUCAAUUCCGUGCGAUAUAAUUGACAACUAUGCGCCGACCCUCACCUUUGGAGGCCAUCCCGUUACCGUGUCCGGGGACACGUUCAAUCUCGGGCCUACGGAAGAGAGAUCAAGUGACUGUCUGGCUGGCGUCGCAGGCGCGGACGUUGACUUCUGGAUCGUGGGCGACGUGUUCUUACAGAACGUGUACUCGAUCUUUGACAUGGGCGAAUUGCGAGUUGGAUUUGCGGAGCUCGCAUAAGGCUUAUUAGGGCAUUUGAUGAGAGUUGUGGGAGGAGUUGUGGAUUGGAUAUUUGGCUGUUUUCAUGGGUAUUUAUACAGACCUUCGACAGUAGUAACUACUAACUAAUUCUUACUGUGCAUACGUAUACCAGCGUAUACCAUGCACACUGUACUG